AUGGACCUGCUCCACCUCAUCAGUCCGGCUCCCGAUCCAACAGACUCGAGAGAGAACAAGCCUUCGAUUCUUGUGAGCUGGUGGUGUACUGUAUAUGCCGUCACCAUCAUCCUCUUCCGCAUCUGCGGGAGAUAUAUCAGGACGGAGAGGGUCUACGCUGAAGAUGGGAUCAUGCUGCUGGCUAUUAUACCCCUCUUCAUCCGUAUGGCUCUGGUACACGUCAUCUUACUGUACGGUACCAACAAUACCGUGGUUACUGGGUUGACCGCGGAGGAUAUUCAUCAUAGAGAACUUGGAAGUCGCCUGGUGUUGGCUUCGAGGAUAAUGUACGCUGUAUGUCUCUGGGCAAUCAAAUACAGUGUCAGCAUGUUUCUCCGCACGUUGACAGAAUCGGUCUGGCAACGUUCUCACCAGAAACUGCUUCGGUACCUGCACAUAUUUCUGGCCGUGACGUUCGUCGCCACAGUGAUCAGCGACCUCGCCGCUUGCCAACCCUUCUCCCACUACUGGCAAGUAAUUCCGGACCCUGGCCCUAAAUGCCGGCAAGGCUACGCCCAACUCUUGACCAUGGGCAUCAUGAACAUCAUCACCAACCUCACACUCGUCGCCUUCCCCAUACCUAUGAUUAUGAGAUCCCGGCUUUCGCAAAAGAGGAAAUUCGGCAUCAUCCUCCGCAUGGCCCUCCCCCUAUUCGGCAUCAUCGUCACCCUCUACCAAAUCCCCAAAGUGAUCUCCCACCACGGUGCGCAACCGUUCCGCACCCUCGUCGCCUCCUUCGACAUCCUCAUCUCGACCGCCGCCGCCAACGCCGUCGUGCUCGGCUCCCUGCUACAAGAUCGCGGCUACAAGAAAGCGAAGUACAAGCACGGCGUCACGGAGCUCGAUGGCUUCGCGCGGCGGCCCAGCGCCCCGGGCCACACGCUGCGCGAUACGUGGGGCAGCGACGAAGACCUGAUGCGCGGCGAUGCCGAGGGCAAGGUCGUCGUGAUCGGGAUGGACGAGUUACCGAUCCAGGGCGUGGAGGAGCCGGCUAAGGCGAAACUCUCGGAGAUACGGGUUGCGUCGACGUGGGAGGUGAAGGUCGUUGAGCGAUCGGUAGCCACGAAUGAGACGUAG